GAACGGAGUCCUUUAGUCUCCUCUUUACCGCGCGUGUGAUCGGUUCGCCUGUACGGUGAGACAGGUACGUUCCCGUCCGCCCGACCGCCCCCUUGCCUUCGCGUUCGCUCGGUCCGGCUCGCCGAGCGCUUCGUGUCGCUUCGUCGGACGGCCGCCCCCGCCUUCAUCGCGCUCGCUCCGCUCCGCUCCGCUCCGCGUUCGUCCGGUAAAUAGAGCGGGCUAGGCUACUUCGCCUCCGUGCCGUAACUGCGAUUUAAUCGUCGAUCGAAGAGGCUGUGCGGGUGGCCCCUGCGUCGCGAGUGCACCGUGCGACCGAGCGAGAGCGUCUCGACGAGCUCCGCCGUCGCUCCCUGCCGCCGUCGGGAACAGCAAUGGGCCAACGAUGAGGAAUUGGGUUACGACGCCACGCGACCCACGAUGUCCUGCGUCGAGGAUACCGCAUUCGAUCCUCGGGACCGUUCGUUAGACCGCGCUCGGCACACAGCCGUGAAGUACGUCUUGAGGCCGCAUCCCGCCGCGUCGAUCGCGUCGGUGCUGCUCGCCAAUCUGGGCUGAUCGCGUUGUGCAUCGGAACACGUCUGUCGUACACGUCGUCCGUCCCGUCGACCCCUCGAGGACACCUCGCCAGUGCAUCGGAUGUGUGAGAAAGUGCAGCCGCAGCGAUACGGUGGACCGUAGAGGUUAGGCUAGGCCGACACCCACCGAGCGAGUCGAUCAGCUGUUCCGCGGCGCCGACAUCAUCGUCGUUUCGGUAAUCCCGAUGGUACUCCAUCAAGAGAACACUUUAGACAUCCUGACCGCGAAUAUUCCUUGGCGCGAACGUGAGUGAAGGCAAGAGGGACGAUGUUGUCGUACAUGCUGCCGACGGAGGACAAGCCACCGCCCGGAGAAGCCAGCCAGAACAAUUAUCGCGCCGCCAAGCUGCAAAAGAGCAACGUCGUGGCCAGCGCCUCACCCAGGAAGUACACGGACGCGACUAGAACGAUGAUCGUCUCCACCAGGAUCGAGGAUCAUGCGACCAGCGACCUGCGGCACACACCGCCGUCUCACGCGGUCGGCCCACAGCGGGACUCUCGGCCGAUCGAGAGCCCGAAGCACAACGGCACCGCCACGAGGAAGUCGACCCUGCACAACGCCAGGGUCACCAAGGACGACAGCCUCUACAGCAUCGACAGCGACGCCAGCACCGCCGGCAGCGAGCGCAAAAAUAAGAUCCUGAACGGCGCGAAGCACGCCAAUCUGAAGAGGUAAGGUUGAUGAAAGAAUUGCGCGGUCUUGUCUCAGGAGCUUGCGAAAGUUCGUCGGAUUUUUAAUCCGUCAUCUUGCUAUUGUUAACAUGUCGAUUGCCACGGGGUAAAUUUCCACUGACUGUCUCUAAGCGCAACCGAAGCUCGAGUAAUCACGAGAGACACGGUAAAUAAAUAUGA